GACUGCUUGUUCUAGUUUCCUCCAGCUGGCGGUAAUGUUUUUGUGACGGACCCAUGCUCCUGCCAUCAUUUCCGCUCGAUGUUGUCAACAUGUGAGAGAUGGCUUCACGGGUCCAGGAGGUAACCCUGCUCGGUGUCUGUGAUGGAGACCUGGACUCUAACCGGUACCAGACCUCAUACCUGACUAAUAAAGUGGGGGGCCAUCCGGACGUGUUCCCGGGCUUCUGUCCUCUCUCUCCCCGCUGUUCUCGCUGCGGAGCUCCGUUAGCUCUCGUGGUCCAGGUGUACUGCCCCCUCGAGGCCUCCCCCUACCACAGAAACCUCCACCUGUUCGCGUGCCCAGGUGAGGAGUGUAGCGGCAGGUCGGAGAGCUGGAGGGUGGUCCGCUCUCAGUGUUUAGAGGAGGAGACAGCGAGGACACCCAGCAGGUCUGUCCCCGUUCAGGAGGCUCCUCUGGCGGCCACAGACUGGUGUGACUCCGCGGAUGACUGGGGGAUGGAGGGAGAGGAGGGCUGGGGAGGAGGAGGUGAGAAGAAGGAGGAGGAGGAGGAGGAGGCAGCUCCUGAGGCUGAGGCACCCUGUGACACUGACGUCAGCACCCAGCUUCAGGAUCUCAGUCUGAGUGAACAUCUGGAGGAUGCUCCCAUCUUCCGCCCGUUCUUCAUCAGCGUGGUGGAGGAGUCAGAUCUGUACGGAGAGGAAGAUGACCUUCAUCACGCCCAGCAGCUGCUGAGGGAGUAUGAGAAGAGAGAGGGAGUCGCAGUGGGAGAGCUGGACGGCGACGGCGGAGGAGGAGAAGGAGGGGGGGAGAAGUACGAGAAGACGAGGGCUCGCCACGGAGACACCGUCUUCUCCAGGUUCAUGAAGAAGAUCUCGGUGUGCCCUGAGCAGAUCCUGCGGUACUGUCGAGGAGGGAAACCGCUCUUCAUCUCUGAGCCGCCACCCAACACGGCUCAGAUGGUUUCAGCGUGCGGCUCCUGUGGAGGGUCGAGGACGUUUGAGAUGCAGCUGAUGCCGGCUCUGGUCAGUCUCCUGCAGAGGAAGGAUGGAGGUGCGGAGGCAGAGCUGGAGUUUGGGACGGUGCUGGUUUAUACCUGCACGAAGAGCUGCUGGACGGCCGGGUCGAAAACAGCUGUGGACGAGUUCUGCUUGGUUCAGUCAGACCCUGACCAGCAGCUCUUUAAAUAAACUAACACGUUAGAGGAUCUGUAUCAGAACUUACCUGUUUGAUUUGAAAUGGUUACGAUGACUCACUUUUUACAAACCAAAGAAACUGUCUGAAGGCUUACCUUAAGUAUUAGAAUUGACUUCACUCGCAAUCCAGUUCCUCUUCCAUCAAGAAUGAUUAAUAUUUGAAGCAAGAAAUGUGGGAAACCUUUUAUAAAGUACAAAAACAGAAAUUCAGAGACUUUUAACAGCAGUGGAAAGGAAAUAAAACCUAUUUAUAGACUGCAUGAACAGAGAUUUGUUUGUUUAGGGUAUUCAGAUGUCAAGUGGUUCUCCUUACUGCUCUGUGUGGAUGCACUUUAGUGUGCACAGAAAAUGGGCUGAUAUCUGAUAGCUCAGACUGCAUAUUGAGGUGGUCUGAGAUGUCUGGAUUGGAUGUUGGCAUUAAAAAAUGCACUGUCAGCUAACGUGAUCUGCAUUUUUCCACCAGUAAAUAAAUAAAACAUGGCUUUAUGUAAGUCCAUCCAGCCUCACUCGGAGUGAUUGGGAUUCCAGGUCUUCUCAGAGAACAUUUGUGGGAAUUUUCCAAUCAUGACUUUUGGCCGUGCUGAUUUGCUUUUCCUCCACCAGUUUCACAGCACCUAGAAUGCUCCUGCUUUGGAGCAGGGCCCCAGCCCGCCGUGGUGUUGUCACAGUGGUCUAUCAUCAUUUGGCGGAUGUCUUGCAGACGCAUUCAAGUAGCAACCACUGCACCAAACUUUGAAAUACCUCAGGACAACAGAACAGACUGGCACGAUGUGAUUGGUCAGCUAAACCAAACAGAACUUUUCUGGUGGGACGCUGCUUCUUCAGCUCUAGACGCUCCCUCAAACAGGUAGCUUGGUUGUGGUGGAAAAGCAAAUCCUGUGCCAUACCGAGUCAAACCAAUUAGAGCGGGGUCGCUCACUGUAAAAGCUGUCUCAAACUACACUAAUACAGCCAGAAUUAUGCCCGACUGCAACGUUGCAGCUCAUGGUCAAACUGUUGGGUCCAAUUUUGAGUGUAAGGAAUAACAAAUGGUCCUGGGGUGUGUCAUAAUUAACAAUGCAUCCAAGACGUUUAAUGACCCCGACUCUAAAAGACUAGCAUGUCAGAAAUGUUCUUACAUCUCUGCAUCAUCAUUUACCAGAAUCCCUACUUUUUAAUAAUGUUGCAAAGCAGACAAAUUCGCCCAUUUCUGUGUUUCUAACUGGUGAAUCCAUCUUGCAAAGCUCCCAUCUGAACCGUUUGGGCCUGGUUAGAAAGUGACAGGACCAAUCAGCGACGAGGGGCAGUACUUUCAGGCGCGGCGGAGUCAUGAUGCAAGCAAGCAGCGAGAAGCAGCCGGUGUAGUUAUGGUGGAAGAUAUUAGCGCGGAUGCUGCUAAAGUGCCAGUUUUAUCAGAACUUGACGACAUUUCUUCGUUAAAAGAAGCAGUGAGUUGUUUUCUUUUCAAAAACAACAAAAGUCAUGUACUGACAUGUCUACAGUCGCCAUGGUUCACGUUAUGUUCUCUAUGGUGUUUACUCCUCUGUAGCGGCUACGUCAUGUGUUUUGUUGCUCUGAUUGGCCCGUAAAGAUGUGACAGACAGAAUGCUCAUCCAAUCACCCUCCAAGUUUUUUUCAAAGGCUCUGCCCUUUCCCAAACACUGUCAAUGGAAGGUUUACCAGAUGGAUGUGUGGAACACAUCCAUCUGGCCUGUCAGGUUAACUUUUUCUCCCUCCAAAGAACUAAUGUGUACUAUUUAUUUUAUUGUAUUUACAUUUUCACAUGCAUACCUCAAGUUCUAUCUGAAGGAGAGAGUCAAUAUUGUCCUCCUCUUUUACACCCAUAAUUGUUAUCCAUAAUCUAAUCCAUAAUUGUUUGUUAUUGUGUCUCACACACCGUCAUGGAGAAAAUACGACAAAAUUUGCAUAGUCUGACGUGGUGCCGUCUAAAAUCGUGUACUCUUAGCUGGCCUUGAUGGAAAAAGCCCCAUCGGAAUUAAACACAGUAAUACGAGUCAGUCUUUAGGCUGUAGCUCUCAUUACCUUCGCCAAGGAGGUUAUGUGAUCGGCAGGGUUUGUUAG